AGCAAAACCUCUCGGUCUUCCAACUCCACCACCACACAGACACAACACAACACCCAACGACGAAAGACGACAAUGGCACUUUCUUCUGGUACCUUCUCUACCUUCCUCCGCGUCGAUACGGCGCCGUUCCGGAGCUCUCCGUCUCUCCUUAUCUCCUCUCGUCCGGCUAACAUGCGCAUGGUGCGAGCCGUAACCUCCGCGACGGCGGCGGCGUCGUCCUCCGAGCCGUCGUCAACCACCAAGACGAGGGAGCCACGUGGAAUAAUGAAGCCUCGUCCGGUGACACCGGAGAUGCAGGACGUUGUAGGCGAGUCGGUGAUACCUCGCACGCAGGCUCUCAAGCGUAUCUGGGCUUACAUCAAGGAACACGACCUUCAAGAUCCACGAAACAAGAAGGUUAUAAUCUGCGACGAGAAGCUGAAGAAGAUAUUUGAUGGCAAAGACAGUGUCGGUUUCUUGGAGAUUGCUAAGCUCAUCGGCCCUCACUUCCUCUGAAUGGAAUUGAAAUGAAAUUUGGCAGAAAAGAGAAAAAAUAGACGAUCGAUCAUUGCGUAUGUUUUUUUUGGGUGAGCUAUCAAGGCAGAUUACAUGUUAGUUAAAUGUUAGGGGGGUUUAAAGAAGUUUUAUUCAACCAAGUUAAGUAGUUAAGCCUUUGGAGUGUCUCCUUGCUUUCCAUUGCAGUUUUAAAUAUGUUUUUUUUCUUGUCUUAGGACAUGGACAACUCUUUUAAUGAAUCGGUCGGUUGUGUUCUCUA